AAACAAAAACAUUGAAAACUAUAUAGACUCUAAUCAAACUCACUAGUAAAUUUCUCAAUCAAUUAAUCAAGUGAUGAUAUUCCAAAUAACAUGAUGUGAUGCAUCAUCAUAUAUAGACAACAAGUGCAAAUGUUUCUUGUCCAGUGGAUGAUUCCUUGCCACAUGAUCAAAGUUGUUUCCAUUCUUCUAAUCCUCACCACUUUCAGCUCAACUUCAUUUGCCGAUUCAAAGGUCUACAUAGUUAGGCUGAGGCAGCAUAAUUUGGACAAUAAGUUUCAGCCACAUGAAGAUCAUUACCUUUUUAAUUAUCUGCAAACGAUCAAGGGAUCUUUGGAGGAAGCUAAAGCAAGCAUCGUUUACAGUUAUACUAAAGUCAUCUAUGGCUUCUCGGCCCUCCUUACCCCAGCCGAAGUUCAUGAGCUAUCAGAUAGGUAUGGUGUGAUUUCAGUGGUUGAGAGCAAGUCGAACGAGCUUCAGACCUCAAGAUCAUGGGAUUUCAUUACAUUGUUUGACAAUGAUUCGAAUCCUAUACAAGCAAAUCGAGUUGAGGACUUGAUGUCCAGAGCCAACCUCGGAACGAAUGUUGUUGUUGGAGUAUUGGAUACUGGGAUAUGGCCAGAAUCGCAAAGCUUUAGUGAUUUCGGGAUGGAUCCCAUUCCUGAAACCUGGAGAGGGCGUUGUCUUGAUCUUGAUGUCCCCUGCAAUAGGAAACUGAUCGGAGCUCGAUCCUUUCCAGCGGCUUACGAGGCCAAAUACGGGCCAGUGAAUCCAGCAGUGGAGUACCGAUUGGCGAGGGACAGUAUCGGCCACGGGACGCAUGUUGCAUCGAUAAUAGGUGGUCGGCAAGUCGACAAUGGCGCCGCAGUAGGUGGAUUUGGAGCUGGAGGUGUUAGAAGCGGUGCUCCUGUUGUUCGUCUAGCCGUGUACAAAGUGUGCUGGAAGAGUAUUACAGGGCUUGUCAGCUGUGAAGACAGCGAUAUACUUGCAGGAUUCGACGCCGCCAUCAACGAUGGAGUCGAUGUGAUCAAUCUUUCCCAUGGAGGAAUGCAUAAGCCCUACACACAGGAUGCCAACGCCGUUGGAUCGCUGCAGGCAGCCUUAUACGACAUUCCAGUUGCUGCGGCAGCUGGAAAUGCUGGUCCUAAUGCCGGCACUGUCGCCAAUGUUGCGCCGUGGGCUAUCACCGUCGCGGCCAGCAGCAUUGACAGGGUCUUUGAAUCUGCAUUCCUCCUUGGAAAUGGUUACCAAUAUCAGGGACAAUCGAUAACGCCGCUCUCCCUGACAAUGAGAUAUGGACUUGUUUACGCCGGAAACAUAGAAAUUCCAGGAAGCACGACUCCGGAGACCACCGGGCAAUGUUGUCCCGGGACGUUAUUACCCAACGGUGCAAACGGACGGGCAGUUCUUUGUCUGAGGGGAAUUGAGUAUAAUGUGUAUCCAGGACAACAGGCAUCGGAAGUUCAAAGGGCAGGAGGUGCAGCAGCAUUGCUUCAAAAUCCACAUUACGGAAUCGGUGUAUCCCUCCAACGUUUUCCCAUUCCGACAGUAGUUGUGCUUUCCGGCGACAUAGAUUCUAUCAGGAACUACAUUCUAACUACCCAAUAUCCGACUGUUACGCUCUCUCCUCCGACUACCCAACAGCCCACAACCCCAGCUCCAUUCAUGGCAGAGUUUUCAUCCACAGGACCAAAUAUGAUCGAAAACAACCUUCUAAAGCCAGAUGUUACAGCUCCAGGGCUGAAUAUAUUAGCAGCUUCCACCGAGGCACGCUCUAGGGACGAUAAGUUCGUGUUCAUGUCCGGAACAUCAUUCGCUUCUCCUCAUGUCGCCGCGGUCCUCGCACUUCUCAAGGCCACUCAUCCUGAUUGGAGCAACGCUGCGAUGAUAUCCGCCAUUAUGACCACCGCGAAGGUCACCGACACAACAGGCAAUCCUAUAACUGAUGCGACCCUGCAAAAUCGUGCAAGUCCAUUUAACUAUGGUUCAGGCCACAUUCGACCAUUAAAGGCUGUUGAUCCAGGGCUUGUAUACGACAUUCAUCAUGCCGAAUAUCUCAAUUUCGCCUGCGCUUCCACCGGCGUAUCGUUAGAUUCACACUACACAUGUCCUGCCACAUUACCUUCUCCGAGCAACCUUAACUAUCCAUCACUUGCAAUAGCCGAUGUGGGAUCAGAAGGCACGACAGUCAUCAGAAGGGUCAAGAACGUGGGUGGCGGAAGCCCCGAAUACACCGUAACGAUCGAUCCGCCUCCCGGCUACACGGUUCGGAUCUCGCCAACGUCGUUGAGCUUCUUGGCAGGCGUGGAGCAGACUCGGACCUUCACCAUAACAGUUCGACCUCUGGACAAUGCCGUGAGAAACAUGUUUGUAUUUGGAUCUUACACUUGGUUCUCGAACGAUGGGUUCUAUGAGGUAAGAAGCCCAAUGGCCGUGUCUACCAGAAGGGUCGUUAGGGAAAGAGUUUUUGACUAUCAGCUCAUGCCACCAUUUCAGCCUCUGGUUUGCUCUUGUCUCGAAAUGUACUGUCUGAUGCUCUCUGUAGCAGAAAGCGUAUUGGUGACCAAGUGGGAUUUCAAUGCCGUUUAUGUAAAAAUGUAUAACUGAGAUAGAAUAAUCCGAAAAUAUUAAUGCUAGAAUAAUCCAAAAAAAUUCAGUAUAACUGAAUUUAAUACUUAA